AUGUCGCGCAAUCUGUCUACUCCAAUCUCGCUCGCCGAUGGCGCUAAGCAUCCUAUUCUCGGACUUGGAACGUAUUUGCUCAAAGACUCGAGUGCUAUCAGCAGUGCAAUCAAAAAUGGCUACCGCUGCCUAGAUACAGCGUGCUAUUAUCGCAACCACAGUGCAUUUGGCGCCGGUGUGCAUGACUCUGGUGUCCCACGCUCAGAACUGUUUCUCAUCACUAAGGUCGAUCCGUGGACAGGUGCGAUCAACAACGCGAGAACAUCUAUUCUCAAGUCUCUCACUGAAGCGAAGCUAGAUUACUGGGAUCUAGUGCUCAUUCACUCACCUGAAUCUGGCUCUAAGAUUCGCAUGAAAGCCUACGAGGAGCUGUCUACGUUGGUGGACGAGGGUAAAAUUCGUUCUUUGGGUGUCUCAAAUUAUGGAAAACACCACAUUAACGAGCUGUUGGCUUCAAAUCCACGUCACAAGCCUGUCGUCAACCAAAUCGAAAUACACCCCUUCCAUGCUCAACAGGAGUUGGCAGAUUACUGCAAGAGCAAGGGUAUACUGGUGCAGGGGUACUGUCCACUUGCUAGGAAGUACCACUUGAAAGAUGCCACUCUUAACUCAGUUGCCGAGAAGUACCAUACAACCGCGGCGAAUGUCAUGUUAGGGUGGUCUAUUGCAAAGGGCUACGUGCCAUUACCAAAGUCUGGUAACGUUGAUAGACAAAAUGAGAACGCCAAAUCGAUCAAUAUCAACAUCUCAAGCGAGGAUGUCAAUACUUUGGACGGCCUUGACGCUCAAUCUUCAGCAGACAGCCAAUGGACUGUGCAAAACGGACCUUGA